AUGAUGGGGAUGACUAAUGACAGCACAGGAGGUGACUUCAUCCUGGUGGGUUUUUCAGACCAGCCCCAGCUAGAGAAGAUCCUCUUCAUUGUUGUUUUGAUCUCCUACCUUCUGACCCUUGUAGGCAACAUGGCUAUUAUCCUGGUCUCUCACCUGGAUCCAAAACUUCACACCCCAAUGUAUUACUUCCUCACCAACCUGUCCCUCAUUGACCUCUGUUUCACCACAAGUAUUGUUCCUCAGCUGCUGUGGAACUUGAGAGGACCAGCCAAGACCAUCACUCCCAUAGGCUGUACCAUCCAACUAUAUGUCUCUUUGGCACUGGGUUCCACUGAAUGCAUUCUCCUUGCUGUCAUGGCAUUUGAUCGGUAUGCUGCUAUCUGUAAACCACUCCACUAUGCUACUUUCAUGCACCCAAGACUAUGCCAGAUCCUUGCAGGGGUUGCUUGGGUGAGUGGGUUGGGCUACACACUGAUUCAGAGUACCAUCACCCUUCAGCUGCCUCUGUGUGGGAACAGGAGGCUCUACCACUUUAUGUGUGAAGUGCCUGCCAUGAUCAAGUUGGCAUGUGUAGAUAUUCAUGCCAAUGAAAUACAGCUUUUUGUGGCUUCCUUGGUCUUGCUCCUCCUGCCUCUGGGACUGAUCUUAAUUUCCUAUGCACUCAUUGUUCAGGAAGUGAUGAGAAUCAGGUCAACCGAAGCUUGGUAUAAAGUCUUGAAAACCUGUGGGUCACAUCUUUUGGUGGUGUCCCUCUUCUAUGGGCCAAGCACAGCCAUUUAUAUCCAGCCUAGCAGUUCCUAUACCCACAGACAGGGCAAAUUCAUCACACUUUUGUACACUGUGGUGACUCCUACUCUUAACCCCCUUAUUUAUACUCUGAGGAACAAAGAUAUGAAAGAGGCACUAAUAAGGCUUUUAGGAAAAAAUACAAGAUAA